GGCGUGGCAAAUCAACGAUUUAGAAUAGGAAAUUUUCACGAAAUCGUUUGAAAAAAACCGCCAUCAUUGAUUACAACAUGAACCCCUCCGACCUCCGUGGCCGGACCACAGAUGGAGCCAUCCCUGUCAGCCAAGCUUUCGUUUACUCGCAACAGAUGCAGCCGGAAAACAUGAUGCCGAGCGGUUCACCAAUUCCUUACAUUAUGGACCACACGCUGCUCCCCAAAUCUUCAAGCAGACGAUCAAAACGCAUUAUACCAGACACAGAAAAAGAUGAUAAAUAUUGGGAGAAGCGGAAACGAAAUAACGAGGCUGCUAGGAAAUCGCGCGAGAAUAAACGUAGACAGGAAUACGACAUCCGGUCACGUGUGACGUAUUUAGAAGAAGAGAACGCCGUCUUGCGGCGUGAAAUCGAAAUAAUCAAGACUAAGUUUGGUAUUCCGUUGGAACAAAGUUUUCUCAGCCCGGAAGAGAAGGCCGAGUUGAUGUCGGCUGCUGCUGAGAAGUGUAUGGCGCGAGAUGCCGAUGAUUCCUUGGAAGAUCUCCACGAUGAUCCACUCAGCGUGCAGGAACAGUUGAUGAUGAUGGUGCCCGGCCAAGGUAUGCACGAGCCUGAGAAACGUCGCAAGCGAGCCACCGCGAUGAAGAAAGACCCAACCGCCGACAUGAUGAAUUAUUACGGUCAAGGACCGAUGGCGUACGGCGGUGUGAAUCCGCAACAUGGGAUGAUGUGGGUGCCGCAGAAUCACAUGCCAGCUCACGACCAACACCGAGUAGGGCAAGAUCUGGUUCAUCAUCAACAACAGCAACAUCCAGCCCAACAACAACAACACGAGCAUCAGACACAACAACAGCAGCAACAACAAGCGCAGCAGCAGCAGCAACAACAGCAGCAGCAACAGGCUCAACAACAGGCACAACAGCAGCAGGCGCAGCAACAACAGGUCCAAGCCCAGCAACAAUUCAACAUCGUCGCUGUUGACCCCAACAAACUUCCUUCAAUCAACAACGCUUUCGGUGGCCCAACGCCUCCACCUCAGGCUCAGCAGGCUCGCUCAACGACUCCACAGCAGCAGAAUGGACCAUACGGCCGCUACACAACCUCUCAGGCCCCGCCGGUCUCACGGUCUCAGUACGAUUACUAUACCCCUUACUCGCAAGGGCAACCGGGCACCCCAGCAGAUCUCAGUACGGGUAAGUCAAGAAAGUCUCCAGUGGAGAAGGUGGACGAGUUGCACCAGCAUACGCCGAGUGCACAGCACCAGGCAGCGCAGGUGAUGCUAGCCAACGGAAUGCACGUGGGGACUGUUUCGUUAGAUGACUGCGCGAAUGGAGAAGCCGAGUCCACGGCCAUGUUGGAGGAGGUUGCUGCCGGGUCCUCGCCACAAGACGGAGGGGAGCGGCCAAGGGGGAUCUUAGAGGAAGCAGUGGCGGAGGUUAUGGACAAUGGUGCGCCGAGGAAGGUAGAAAAAGAGGUUCUCAAGAAAGAAAACAACGAGUUGCGGUCUCGUCUGCAACAGCUCUCUGCUGAGGUGGCAAAAAUGAAGGACUUCGUUGGUGUGGUUGAAGGGUGA